AUGUGCCCGCAGGAUGGUCAUGCGGUCAAAACACGGCACUCUACAGUACCAUUCAACCACACCCUCUUGUUGGUCAUGCCAACCACGACUUGGCGGGUAGAUCCGUUGAGCGCAAAGCAGGGAUCAGCUGUAGGUUUCUGGCCGCCAAACCAAUCACGCAACGCCGCACCGCACCAUCGACGCCAUACGCCACCUUCACAAUACACCAUUACGCUAGCGCGGCACUGCACUCAAUGCCCAGGCUUGCGCAAGACGUUUCUAGGCGUCAUAUUCUUUCUUAUUAUUUCACCUCGAUGCUGCUUGAGCCUUUUUGUCAAUCUGGAGUCAUGCUUUCUCGGCCUGAUAGGCACACUAUGA